AUGACUGUCGUUGAGAAGCUAGACGAAACCAGCUACGACUAUGUUGUUGUCGGCGGCGGUACUGCCGGCUGCGUCAUUGCUAGUCGACUCGCAGAGAAGCUCCCAUACACCGAGAUUCUUCUCAUUGAAGGAGGCGCCAAUGACUUCAAAAAUGAGACCAUCCUGAAUUUGAAAUGCCUUCUCGACCUCUGGGGAGCUGAAGACUAUGACUAUGGCUACAGUUCGGUUCCUCAGCCAUUCGGUAACAGUAACAUUAUCCACUCCAGAGCCAAGAUGCUCGGAGGUUGUUCGAGUCACAACGGAGGUAUCUCAUUUGUGCCCUUUGACAUGGACAUGAAGAAGUGGCAGAAGAUGGGCGCCAAUGGCUGGACUCAUGCAGAAAUGGUCCGUCUUUUCAAGAAGCUCCGCAACAACAUCAUACCUAUCGCGGAGGACCAGCGAAGUCAGAUCACCAAAGAUUGGAUCGAGUCAUGCUCCAAGCUCUUCAAUGUUCCCAAAGUUGAAGAUUUCAACAAGCAGAUCAUUCGUGACGGCCGUUUGACCCCCGGGACUGGCUACGUUAGCUGCACCUAUACUCCCGACAACAACCACCGAAGCAGCGCCAGUGUUGCGUACAUUCAUCCAAUUUUGCGAGGCGAUGAAUUCAGACCGAACCUUACUAUUCUGCACAAAACGUGGACUUCUAAGAUACAUGUCAAAGAUCAGACCGCAGUUGGCGUCCGCGCUACCACUGACGCUGGCACCACAUAUGACAUUUACGCGAGAAAAGAAGUCAUUUUAUGUGCUGGAGCCGUUGAUACACCCCGCCUUAUGAUGCUUUCGGGCCUGGGUAACCGUCAGCAGCUUGAGAAACUUGGCAUUGAAGUCCACCAGGACCUUCCUGGUGUUGGCGAGAACCUGCAGGAUCACGUUGAGAGCAUGUACAUGUGGGAGAUCAAAGACGAGGUUCCGCAGGAUAAGAUAGUCAUGGGCUCCGAAGCAUGCAUGGUACUGAGACGUGAGCCCGAGAAUGCUCAGGGCGACGAUGGCGAUGCUAUCGACACUAUGUUCCACAUGUUCACUGUGCCUUUCGACUUCUACACGAAGACAAUGGGCUACGAAACCCCCAAGAAUGCCUUCUGCUGCAUUCCUUACAACCCUCGACCUGCUUCUGUUGGACGACUUUACCUCACAUCUGCUGACCCCAAGGUGAAGCCAGCGCUUGACCAGCGAUAUUUCAGCGAUGAAAAGGGCUACGAUAAGGCCAGCAACCUAUGGAUGCUGAAGCAGGCUCGCAAGAUGGCGCAGUCCGAGCCCUUCAGGAAGCAUCUUUUGCGCGAGAUUGCCCCUGGUCCCAUGAUCACCACAGAUGACCAGCUCUGCGAGUACGGACGACAGGUAUCGAAUACGGUCUAUCACCCAUGCGGAACGGCAAAAAUGGGUGACACCCGACGUGAUGCGAUGGCCGUUGUUGAUGCUUCGCUUCAUGUGAAGGGCAUCAAGAAUCUUCGCGUCGCAGAUGCUAGUGUCUUUCCUUGCAUGGUGUCUAUUAACCCCAUGAUCACAGUUCUGUGCAUUGGUGAGCGAGCGGCCGAGCUAAUCAUUGCUGAUUCGAAGACGGCACCUCGCCCAUCCCUAUGA